GGUAAAGUGUCGGCAGAGAGCUUUACUGAAGCUGAAAAGCAUCCUGAGUAAACUGUGCCUUUAACAUGGUUCUUAAAGGUGUUGGGCUUAGAGUCGCUCUGUUAGAGGGCUGUUUCUCCCUAGUAUGUAGUGUAGCUUUAAGGGUUUGUUGGGAGAACAAUGGCCGAAACGAGGAAAGUGGGACUAUGGGCGCUUGGUUUGUUUUAGUUUUUAUUGGCAUUGUUGUCCUGCUUUGCAGAUCGGGAGCGACAGUGCCGUUACAGUAAUUCAGUUUCCACUCUGUGUCACACAUUAAGAUAUAAUGGAUCCAGGCUGUGCUGUCGUUCAUUUGGACUUCCCUGAAGUUACUAACUCUCUCUUGGAGAACUUGAACCAGCAAAGGAUUGAUGAUAAGCUUUGUGACAUCACCAUAAUUGUUCAAGGACAUGUCUUCAAAGCCCAUAGAGCAGUGUUGGCAGCCUCCUCGCCUUACUUUCAUGACCAGGUUCUUCUGAAAAACAUGACUUCAGUAGUGCUUCCUAGUGUAAUGGACCCUGUGGCAUUUGAACAUGUCUUGGGUUCUGCGUACACUGGAAAGCUGAGUAUGCAGUCAGAGGAUAUUGUAAAUUACCUAACAGUAGGUAGUGUUCUGCAGAUGUGGCACAUUGUUGACAAAUGCACUGAGCUUCUAAAAGAAAACAAAAGCACAGCAAGGACUCAUUCAAGUCGGACCAGUGAGAACCAGUCUCCAAGCAGCAGCAAUUACUUUAGUCCACGAGAUACAACAGAGCCUGCAGUGAGUGAGCAAGGCAAGUACAACAGAGUAGACAGGGAUGGCUUGGAUGCCAGUGAUGACUUUGUGACUUUUCAGCCACCAGGUGCAGCUGACAAACCUGUGCGUGGUAGUGACUCUGUGACCAACAGUGAGAAACUUGUGGUUGAAACAGAUGAAGACAUAAGUGACAGUGCUAGUGGGUCUAGCAAGUGGCCAGUUUAUGUUCAGCCCAGCAUUAUGCCACAGAAAAAGUGGGUUUUUAUCAAAAAGGAGAGGUCUCAGGAAGACCUUGUGUUGACCUGUGAAGAGGAUGAAGAUCCUGUUGAGCAUACCCCAUUAACAAGGUCAAAAGAUGGUUCAGAGCAACCACUGAGCAUUAGUAAUGUGCGUACUCUGUCUGCAGGAAGUGUGCAGGACAAGUCUGAUAUUCACGAGACUCAGAAGCUUGAAGAACAAGUCAACUUCUGUGAGUCUUCAGAUGACUUCUCAUAUGAACAGAUUGAUGAAGUCCCUAGCCAGUUCUCCCAGAGAACUUUACUGCCUAUGGAUAUGCAAGGGAACCAGAUUAUGGUGUAUCCGCCACGCUCUUCCUCUGAACAUGGUGCUGUGUCUCUAACAGCAAAUUCCGUGGACAGUACCAAAAUUUUCUUGUGUCACUGUGGAAAAACAUUCACUCACAAGAGCAUGCGGGACCGUCAUGUUAAUAUGCACCUUAAUCUUCGUCCAUUUGACUGCCCAGUUUGCAAUAAGAAAUUUAAAAUGAAGCAUCAUCUAACAGAACACAUGAAGACACACACAGGGCUCAAACCAUAUGAGUGUGAGGUCUGUGGAAAGAAAUUUAUGUGGAGAGAUAGCUUCAUGCGGCACAAGGGACACUGUGAAAGACGACACCGUACAGCGUCAAAACAGGAUGACAUUGUGGCACUGGAAGACUAUCAUGCACAGCAGUACCGUUCAUCUUUUAUACAAGAUGAAGUUGAAGUUAUGGAAGACUUCCCUGGCCAACAGUCAGGCAUUACAGUUGAAGGAACUAACACAGCACCUGCAUGAUGAUCAUUAGGCAACCUUCUGUAUAUUAGCAAAGGGUCAUAGAGUUUGGGGGGCAGUGUGUGUGUGUUGUGUACAGUAUUGCAUCAGGACCCAUCCCUGUGCACAGCUUCCAAAAGGGUUUAGCAGUAAAGCAGAAGUCCUUACAUCAUUGUUUCCCCAUGACAGCUUAAAUAGCUUAAUCUGGCCUCACCACAGACAUUUGAGUAUUUUUUAACAAAAUUGCUUGUUACUGUUUUCUGAAAGAAAUGAGAGAGAAAAAAAGCUGGAAGAUGAGCAGAAUUAAAUGUAGUAGUUAGCCCCUCACAGUUUUUCUUCCAAAAUGUGGUUUACGAAAGAAAUGACAUGCCAAACAUUCCAUUUAAAUUGCGGUAUUAAAAGUUUUAGUUUUGAAUUUAAAAUAAUUAUGAUGCAUAUGUUUUGGGCAUAAGAGAAUGUUACCCCAUAGACACAGUGACUGCCUUAUGUGAGGUGCUGUAGUUUAGUAUGAUUUUGCAGCACAGAAAAGCACUUUCAGCCACCAGUAAAAGCCAGAUUGAAUAAGGGACAUAUCUUAGUGAGAGAAUGGGACUGCAGUUAAUUUCAGGAGUUUGUAUGCCGUAUUGACACAUUUAAAACUAUGAGGUUGUUUCAGAUUAAUGCAUCUUAUUAAUUUAUAGUAUACAGCUUAAUACCAGGUGUUGGUAUUCAGAUGUUGCUGUGUGCCUCCUGUGGAGUGCCGCUACAUUGUCGCACCACUGAAGCUUAUUUUGUGCCUAUCCUUUUAUCUCUAGACUUAGUGCAGAAACAAAUUCCGAUUCUAGAAUUUUUUUUUUUUUUUUUAUAAUUUGACAGCUUAAGGAAGAUUUUUCUAGUUCUCUAUCGGAUAGAGUUGAAUAUGCUCUGAGCAUUUUGAAAUACCACUUCAUGAUGCAUCCUGUUUGUCCUUGACACAGAUGGCAGGCCCCUUACCGAAGAUAAAAACUUACCUAAAGAGCUUCAUUGACCAUUCUGAAGUCUCCCAUGCAAUGCAAGCUGGAAGGAUUUGCAUUGGGCUUGUGUACUGCACAGUUUGAUGAGACAACAGAUGUCUUAUUUUGGCAUCAUUGGUCUUUGAGCCCUGUUAUGUCUGAGAAGGAUGUAGGUGUGCAGGUUCUGAAGGGUUAUAGAGAUAAGAACGGUGAUUUGUACUUAAAGCAUUAAAGUCAUAUGUUUAAAAUGUUUAUUUCCAGGUAAUUAAUGGUACUUUUAAUGCAGAAUUUGGUUGGAGUUACCCAUAUUAGCUUUCAAAAAGUGCUCUUAAUGUGGCCACUACUUCUGUUAUUUCAAGUGCAUAGUAUGUUUAACCGGUCUGAAAUUAAUUCUCUUAGUAACCUAAAUGCGAAUUGGAGCAGUUUUAUAAAAUGGGUGAAAAUAUUGGAAAGGAUGGGAUUUAUGUUAUUAAAUGGCAUUUUACCACA